AUGGGUCUCUCCUCUGCUCAACGCAUCUCUCUCCUCUAUGCGCAACGUGUCUCACUCUACGCACGACGCGUCUCCCUCCACCAUGCAACUUGUCUCGCUCCUCCUCUGCACGCGACGCGUCUCGCUUCUUCAUGCGUGAUUGUCUCUCUCCUUCGUCCAUCGAAUCUUCUCUAUACCAUAUGUCGCUUCAAUUUGGAAUCAAAUGAUAAAACAUUCAGAUCUAUGAUGAACUUGUUCUUGAAGAUGAAAGAUAUUCGUCUGAAUCUAAGCACUGGGUUCCGUUCACGUUCCACCACCAAACGCACCACUGACAAACCUCAAAUUUUAUCUUCUCCUUCAACCUCGUUAAUCUUUUCGGGUCAGUUGACUUCGAUUAGACCAGACCGACCCAGAGAGGAACGCGCCCAGCCCACAAGGGCACCACCAGAUCUUGGGCCCCUAGAAAAUUUGACACUGGCAUCAUCAUCUGGAGAAAUUCUUCGACCUGAGAUGGUUUGCAUGGCCUAG